ACUUAACCACCAGUCAACCAUCAGGCCAUCCAGUUGCAUAAUUUCCCAUUUAAUGUACCAGAGAAACAACCGUGAAUCAAGAAACACAAAAUGAGCGGAGAGACAAAGAAGCAUUUUGUGUUGGUUCACGGAGCUGGCCACGGUGCUUGGUGCUGGUACAAGGUGGCAACAUUGCUGAGAUCAGAUGGUCACAGAGUCAGCAUACUCGACUUGGCAGCUUCGGGAGUAAACCUAAAGCAGGUGCAAGAGGUCCACUCUUUUGCCGUCUACUUGGAACCAUUGAUGGACUUGAUGGCUACUCUUCCACAGGAGGAGAAGGUGGUUUUGGUCGGCCACAGCAUGGGAGGAGUUGGCUUGUCUCUUGCUAUGGAGAGGUUUCCUGAAAAGAUUGCUGUUGCUGUUUUUGCAACUGCUUAUAUGCUGAGUCCAGACCUCGAUCUCCUCACCAUUACUAAUGAGGUGGACAAGAAACGAGAGUCAUUCAUGGACAGCCAGAUAUCAUUUAAUAAAGGAUUGGACAGAGGACCAACCUCUAUGUUAUUUGGUCCCAAAAUGCUGGAAUCUAAACUUUAUCAGCUUAGCCCGCCUGAGGAUUUGACUCUUGCAACUAUGUUGGUGAGGCCAUACUGUCUAAAUCCUCACACUGAUGCGAAAUCUUUUGAAGAAAUCAGAGUGACCAGAGAAAGGUUUGGUUUGGUUCCUCGAGUUUUUGUUGUGGCUGACCAAGAUCUUUUACUACUCGAAGAGACCCAAAGGUGGAUGAUUGAAUUGAAUCAACCAGACGACGUGAAGGUGAUCAAAGGCUCAGAUCACAUGAUUAUGUUCUCCAAACCACAGGAGCUCUGCAAUUGCCUUGAGGAGAUCUCUCAGCGCUACUCCUAGAUAUUAAGGUUCUGGGCAAGCUCUAUCACUGCGUCUGAAGUUCUCUUUAUUGGUUCAUGUUCUGUUGCUUCAAUGCACAAUAAGCUGUACUUUUGAAGGCUUGUUUAUCUAUUACUGUAAUAAAAAGAGAGAUGAUUGUGUUA